ACAAGUAUAAACACGCCUACAGCUGGGACGAGUAUGAACACACCUCGUAGCUUUACCACAAUCAGUGGGCUGGGGGGAUCACUGGCAACUGUGACGGCAACGUCAACUCCGUCAGCAGCAAGAAGUACGAUUGGUGGAUUCGACAAAGGCUCCGGAGACUCGUUGUUGCUGAGAGGCAGUCUGUCUGUAGCGUCAGUGGGUGCCAGGCACAAGCGGAUGACUGGCGUGCUUCCGCGGCUUGGUGAAGUCUUUGCUGACUUGUCAAGGCGGAAUGGUUUGCCACCUCGUGUGGGCUGCGCAUCUUCUGAUCAUGAGCCCACCCGCUCUUCGCGAAGCAUUAGGCUGGGUGAUUCGCAGGAGACUCUGCCGAAAUUGCGUUUGAACUUGAAACACGCUGUCUACUUUGCAGAUGAAGCUCGUGUUGUAGAACGAGGAAUUGAUCCACCCUUCACAAUGGCUGCUUCAGCAAACCUUUUGUCACUUGCGUCGGAGAUGGCUGUAGAGUAUCUCAAGGAUGCUGAACUUGCUCUUGAAAGAUUGAGCAAACAUCAUCAAGAAAUGCAGUCAGGCUUCCACAGCCAUGAAGCAGUGGAAGAUGUUUUUGAGAAACGACAAGACAGCCCUGGCGCUAAGCAACGAAUGGCUCUGGUUGUUCCUAGCACCUUCAAGGAAAGGUGCUUGUUUGGGAGAGAGAACUUUAUGAUCACCAUGCAACCCCUUCAGGAAGCCCUUCUGGCAGUUGCGUCAGCAGUGCAACAAAUUGAACGCGUCCAGUUUCUAGACGGGCAUGCACCAUGUUGCUCCUUCGAUGAUGCACACAACUGUCAGGUGAGCGCAAUCAUUGAUGCAGCAGAGUACAUACGGACUUCAGUGUUGGCAGAUGUUGCAGAUACAAUCAGCAAUGCCUUCAUGGGCGACAAGGUGAACUUGAUGAUGGGUGAACUCAGCUCAAGCUUGAUUGCCAGGACUGUCAGAGUGAAAGGAGGAGCGAAGAUGGCGUCCACUGCGACUGCCCCCUCGUUGGCCGGAGCGUCUAUGUUGCCAUCACCGUCGUCUCCUCGACUGGCCAGCGGCAAAGUUGUAGCAGCGCCGCCGAUCACCAUGCAAUGGGUCCAGCGGACUGCGCAGCCGCGGGCAAUGCCUGACCGCAGUACGAACUCCUUUUCUCCGUGUAGAUUUGCCGCCGCGCGGUCAUGCGCAUCCUCCUCCUCCUCACCCUCCUCCUCCUCAUCGUUGUCCUCGUUAUCAAGAUCAGCCAGUUGCCGCUCUCACAGCGGCGAAGUAGUUCACAGGGUCAUCUUGGUUCCCGCCGCCGCCGCCAAGGAGCGCAAGUCGGCCCCCCGCCGCCGCAAAGAAGCGCGCGCCGACCCCCUGCCAUCCUUCGAUCUCACAGUGACCGCUCUCACAGCCGGCCGCUGCCGGCGGCGGUAUAGAUCAGAUGCCGUUGGCAAGGAGCGCGCAUCGAACCGCUGCUAUCCGCCGACGGGAUGCAUGGCGCCGGCGCUUCGAGCCGCCGAGGAUAUGACGGCGCAUGGGAGGGGGAGGAGGAGGAGGUGGUGCAGGCCAAGCUGUCGCAGCAAUAACGUGGAGGGGACUGCCGGGAUAGCCAAAGGGGAGAGAAGGGAUCGCGUUGGAGCAAAAGGCAGUCGAUUUCGUCUGCCGACGGCCGCUCAAAGGGUCACCAAGGGUCCGGGCUUUGCACAGGGUGCUUCUAUACCAGAUGAUGUUGGACAAGACAAUGCUGCUGCUGCUGCUGCUGCUGCCUAUUGCUAUAGCAAAACUCCCUAUUCAGGCUUUGGCGGCGUCGCGCCGCCGCGAUCGAGACGAAAGGUCAAGGUCAUCAACACCUUGAUCCGAUGCGCUGCUGCGAUCUCGUCCGUCGAUGAUGCAUCUUCUUCUUCUCCUUCUUCUCCUUCUUCUUCCGCUGCUGCUGCUGCUGCUGCUGUUAGUGUGGGGACCACCACCAGUCUGGGAGAGAUCACUGUCAAAGAUUUCCCCAUCCUCAGUCAGGAAGUGAAUGGAAGGAGGAUUGUCUACUUAGACAAUGCGGCAACAUCACAGAAACCACGUCAAGUGAUCGACGCUGUGCAGAGGUACUAUCAAGACUACAACUCCAACGUUCACAGGGGCAUCCACACGCUGAGUGUGAAAGCGACCGAAGCUUACGAGGACGCGAGGGGCAAAAUUGCAAAGUUCAUCAACGCAGAGAGGGAUAGCGAGAUAAUCUACACCCGCAAUGCAACGGAGGCUAUCAACCUCGUGGCCAACACUUGGGGUGUGGCCAAUUUGACACCAGGGGAUGAGGUGGUCUUGUCCGUGAUGGAGCAUCACAGCAACCUUGUUCCCUGGCAGAUUAUAGCCGAAAGGACCGGGGCGGUGUUGAGGUUUGUGAGCUUGUCGCAGUGUGAGAGCCUUGAUAUGGAUCACCUAAGGUCGCUGGUCGGGAACAAGACCAAACUGGUAGCACUUCAACACGUGUCAAAUGCGCUUGGAUGCGUCAAUGAUGCCGUCAUGAUCGGGGAAAUUGCGCACAAGUACGGGGCCAAAGUGUUGCUGGACGGGUGCCAGAGUGUACCUCACAUGCCAGUCGACGUACAGGCUUUGGACUGCGAUUGGUUCGUGGGCUCGGGGCACAAGAUGUGUGGUCCCACGGGGAUUGGGUUCUUGUAUGGGAAGAUGGAGGUGCUCAAGGCCAUGCCACCCUUUUUGGGGGGAGGGGAGAUGAUUCAGGACGUCUAUCUCGACCACUCGACGUAUGCAGAGCCACCUAAUCGAUUUGAAGCCGGGACCCCGGCAAUUGGUGAAGCGAUAGGACUGGGUGCUGCGUGCGACUACCUGAUGGGGAUCGGGAUGGGCAAAAUCCACGACUAUGAGGUGGAGUUGUCGGGAUACCUGUACAAGAAGAUGGCAGAACUGGAAGGGAUGAAAAUCUACGGGCCAAAGCCAACGGAUCCGGGGGGAAGGGCAGCGCUGUGCGCGUUCAAUGUGCCACAGAUUCACCCAACGGACUUGUCAAUGGUUCUUGAUCAGUCGGGAUUUGCAAUAAGGUCGGGACAUCACUGCGCUCAACCGUUGCAUCGACAUUUUGGAAUAAAUGCGAGUGCGAGGGCAAGCCUGUAUUUCUAUAACACCAAGGAAGAGAUUGAUAUGUUCAUAGAGGGGCUGAAGGAGGCCAUUGAGUUCUUCAGUGUGGCGGGCGGGGUGUAAAAUUUUGUCUGAUUGGCGGUAUAGAGCUCUGUCACACUUUUUUUUUUUUUUUUUUUUUUUAAGACAGAUAUCCAGUUUGGCUGGCUGGCUGGCUCAGUAUUUUUUUUAUUUUUUUUUUUUGGCUGGCUCAGUAUCGAAUGACGAGAAUUUGUUUUUAUUAUUUUUUUUGGAAUACAGCUUUUCAGAUUGGCUGGCUGCCACAGUAUCGAAUGACGACAGAAAAAAAAAAAAAAAAAGUGACUAGUAGGGCGCAGUAGGUAGGAGGACAAUUUCUUCGAGAGUUCCUUUCAAGA